AUGGAGCCACUCACGCGCACAGAGAAACUGACGGUGUUGGCCUCGAUGGGAAUAGAGCUUCCAGAGGACACCAAACUCGUCGAUGCGGUUCUCGAAAAGCGUCUGGUCAACGCACUCGACGCCGCUCAGGGGAAGGACAGGUGUCCCGACCCGUCAAAACUCCGAGAGCUUCCCAUGUGGCCGCUCGUCAAGACCGGAGAAAUCAACAGCAGCGCCCGGCUCCUGCUCGACGCCGUGAAGAGAGGCAAUAUGCACGAAGCACGGCAGAACAGCCAGGCCGCACUCCUGGGGUUGUCCGCCUCACCUGAGCUCUUCACGGAUCCAUUCAUGGACCUGCGCCAAACGCAUAUGAGCUUAGCGAAUGGUCUGGACAACGGCUUUAUGUGGUGCACGAUACAGGACCCAGAUCGUGAAAAGUCGGCCAUAAACAUCCGGUUUCUGAAGGUCCACGAGAUAGACACAAAAACACCCGCGAUGGUGCUCCUCUACCACUCGGUCACGCGCACGAACGCGAUGGACGGCGCCCGCUGGUGCCAGUACCAGGUUGCCAACGACCCGAAGACCCUGCGCGGCAUCGGCAUUAACAUCAGCGCGACCGCGCUCGAGCAGAAGCUCCUCCUGAAGCUGCUCGAAAUGAACACGAAACUCCUUCCGCCGGACUUCCGGCCGGAGAAACGGCGUUUUGAGGACAACUACCGCGCCUCCGUCGGCAGCCCGUCCACCCCACACGCGAACGUCCACGCGGACAAGCCGUUCCUCGUCAAGCUCCAGGUCGGGCUCGCGGGCCCUGGGCGCGACAACAUUGUGGUGUACGACCGCCUGCGCUCGUUUAGCCAGGUGUACGUCUCGCGCAGGGACGACCCGGCGACGUUCGCGGACCUGGUGGCGGAGAUGGCGGGCCCGAGGGGCGGGUAUGGGGGCGUGAAGAUGUAUCGGUGGGCGAAGCGGACGGGGGACUGGGAGCUGAGUAUAUGCGUGGAUAGGAAACCGGAGACGGACAUCAAGUGGUAG